AAUAAAAAAUCAAAGCCCCGCAAUAUAAUCCUCGAUCACCCCUGAAAAACCCCAAAAAGCAUUAGAGCGCCCGCAGUUUUCUUCCUUACACCACAAUCCAGUUGAAAUCCUUGCAAUCGUCGUCCAUCAUGGGUAGAAAGUUCUUCGUCGGAGGCAACUGGAAAUGCAAUGGGACCAAUGAGGAGGUGAAGAAAAUAAUCUCAACACUUAAUGCUGGUGAUGUUCCGUCUCAGGAUGUGGUGGAGGUUGUUGUGAGCCCUCCAUUUGUGUUUCUUCCAUUGACCAAGGGCACAUUGCGAUCGGAUUUCCAUGUUGCCGCCCAAAAUUGUUGGGUUAAGAAAGGGGGUGCCUACACUGGUGAGAUUAGUGCUGAGAUGCUUGUCAAUUUGGACAUUCCAUGGGUCGUUCUUGGUCACUCAGAGAGGAGAUUGAUAUUGGGUGAAUCAAAUGAGUUUGUUGGAGAUAAAGUUGCAUAUGCCCUUUCUCAAGGUUUGAAGGUAAUUGCCUGUGUUGGAGAGACUCUUGAGCAGAGAGAAUCAGGUUCAACUCUGGAAGUUGUUGCUGCACAAACUAAGGCAAUUGCAGACCGCGUAUCAGAUUGGACUAAUGUGGUUGUAGCUUACGAGCCUGUUUGGGCUAUUGGAACUGGGAAGGUUGCAACUCCUGCUCAGGCCCAAGAAGUACAUGCUGAACUGAGGAAAUGGCUUCACGCUAAUAUAAGCCCUCAAGUGGCUGCCUCAACUAGAAUUAUCUAUGGAGGUUCGGUGAAUGGUGCCAACUGCAAGGAAUUAGCUGCACAAGCUGAUGUUGAUGGAUUUCUUGUAGGUGGAGCUUCUCUCAAGCCGGAGUUCAUUGACAUUAUCAAGUCUGCAGAGGUGAAGAAGAGUGCUUAAGCUCUGUAUCAGACAUCAGUGGUGGUGAAAGUUUUGUUUAUUCUACUUGAGAUUUCGUACCUGGAGUAAAUCAUGCUUUUCACUUUUGCUACAUGUACUUUUACAGCGUUUAAUUUGAUAACCAAGCUGAGCUCUUCAUCCUAUUUCAGCAAACAUAACCACCCCGACUAUUUACGAAUAAAAUUAGCUUGACAUUGGUUAGUGUGCGCA